UUUCUUUAAGUGUAAACGGACCGCGUUGAGAUUUAAAAGGGGGCGACAGAGGGACUUGCGAUUGGUUAUUGUCCGGGCUUCAAAAACAAAACAAACCCACCAAACCCCCCCAAACAAAACAAGUGCUGCUAAAUACGGGGCUUUCUGGUGAAAACACAGUGAUUCAAGCAGACCUUGCUUAGUAACUCUUACGGAUCGAUCUGAACCACCCAGUGAUGCCUUAGUGUCUACAGAUCUCUGCAGAAUGGGUAUUUAUUUCAUAGUUAGGUUAGGUUUUUCUUGGAUUGAGCACUUUCAGACAAGUGUGAAUGUUUUUAACAGGUUUCUGAGAAGAAUCAGUGGGGAGAAAUUGUUGAAGAGUUCAACUUUCCCAGAAGUUGUUCUAACGCUGCCUUUGCUUUAAAACAGUAUUACUUGCGUUAUCUAGAAAAGUACGAGAAAGUUCAUCAUUUUGGGGAGGAUGAUGAUGAGGUACCACCAGGCAAUCCAAAGCCACAGCUUCCUAUUGGUGCAAUUCCAUCUUCCUACAAUUACCAGCAACACAGUGUGUCAGAUUAUCUGCGGCAAAGUUAUGGGCUAUCUAUGGACUUUAAUUCGCCAAAUGAUUAUAAUAAAUUGGUGCUUUCACUGUUAUCUGGACUCCCAAAUGAAGUGGACUUUGCUAUUAAUGUAUGCACUCUCCUAUCCAAUGAAAGCAAGCACGUCAUGCAACUUGAAAAAGACCCGAAAAUCAUCACUUUAUUACUUGCUAAUGCUGGGGUGUUUGAUGACACUUUAGGAUCCUUUUCUACUGUAUUUGGAGAAGAAUGGAAAGAGAAGACUGAUAGAGACUUUGUUAAGUUUUGGAAAGACAUUGUUGAUGAUAAUGAAGUACGUGAUCUCAUUUCUGAUAGAAACAAGUCUCAGGAAGGUACAUCAGGAGAAUGGAUUUGGGAAUCUUUAUUUCAUCCACCUCGAAAGCUGGGCAUUAAUGAUAUUGAAGGACAGCGGGUACUUCAGAUUGCAGUGAUUUUGCGAAAUCUUUCCUUUGAAGAGGGCAAUGUUAAGCUCUUGGCAGCUAAUCGUACCUGUCUUCGUUUCCUAUUACUUUCUGCACAUAGUCAUUUUAUUUCUUUAAGGCAAUUAGGCCUUGACACAUUAGGAAAUAUUGCAGCUGAGCUUUUAUUGGACCCUGUUGAUUUCAAAACUACUCAUCUGAUGUUUCAUACUGUUACAAAAUGCUUAAUGUCAAGGGAUAGAUUUUUAAAGAUGAGGGGCAUGGAAAUUUUGGGAAAUCUUUGCAAAGCAGAAGAUAAUGGUGUUUUAAUUUGUGAAUAUGUGGAUCAAGAUUCAUAUAGAGAGAUCAUUUGUCAUCUCACUUUACCUGAUGUGCUGCUUGUAAUCUCAACACUUGAGGUGCUAUACAUGCUCACUGAAAUGGGAGAUGUUGCUUGCACAAAAAUUGCAAAAGUAGAAAAGAGCAUUGACAUGUUAGUUUGUCUGGUUUCUAUGGAUAUUCAGAUGUUUGGCCCUGAUGCACUAGCAGCAGUAAAACUCGUCGAACAUCCAAGUUCCAAUCACCAAGUUUUAUCUGAAAUUAGGCCACAAGCUAUAGAGCAAGUCCAAACCCAGACCCAUGUAGCAUCAUCCCCAGCUUCCAGAGCAGUUGUAGCACAACAUGUUGCUCCACCUCCAGGAAUAGUGGAAAUAGAUAGUGAGAAGUUUGCUUGUCAAUGGCUAAAUGCUCAUUUUGAAGUAAAUCCAGAUUGUUCUGUCUCUCGAGCAGAAAUGUAUUCCGAAUACCUCUCAACUUGUAGUAAAUUAGCUCGUGGUGGAAUCCUCACAUCAACUGGAUUUUAUAAAUGUCUUAGAACAGUUUUUCCAAACCAUACAGUGAAGAGAGUGGAAGAUUCCAGUAACAAUGGGCAGGCUCAUAUCCAUGUGGUAGGAGUAAAACGGAGGGCUAUCCCACUUCCCAUUCAGAUGUACUAUCAGCAGCAACCAGUUUCUACUCCUGUUGUUCGUGUUGAUUCUGUUCCUGAUGUAUCUCCAACUCCUUCACCUGCAGGAAUCCCUCAUGGAUCACAAACUGUAGGAAAUCAUUUUCAGAGGACUCCUGUUACCAACCAAUCUUCAAAUUUGACUGCAACACAAAUGUCUUUUCCAGUACAAGGUGUUCAUACUGUGGCACAGACUGUUCCAAGAAUUCCACCAAAUCCUUCACUUCAUACCCACCAGCAGCAAAAUGCUCCAGUGACUGUCAUUCAAAAUAAAACUCCAAUUUCUUGUGAAGUGGUCAAGGCUACUGUAAUCCAGAAUUCUGUACCCCAGACAGCAGUUCCUGUUAGUAUUGCUGUUGGAGGAGGACCUACACAGAGUUCUGUGGUUCAGAAUCAUAGUACAGGGCCACAACCUGUUACAGUUGUGAAUUCUCAGACAUUGCUUCACCACCCAUCUGUUAUACCACAACCGUCUCCAUUACACACGGUGGUACCAGGACAAAUACCUUCAGGCACUCCUGUUACGGUAAUUCAACAAGCAGUCCCACAGAGUCAUAUAUUUGGCAGAGUACAGAACAUACCAGCAUGUACUUCUACAGUUUCACAGGGUCAACAGUUAAUCACCACAUCACCCCAACCUGUGCAAUCUUCAUCUCAACAGACAUCAGCUGGUAGCCAGCCACAAGACACUGUUAUCAUAGCACCCCCACAGUAUGUAACAACUUCUGCAUCCAACAUUGUCUCAGCAACUUCAGUACAGAAUUUUCAGGUAGCUACAGGACAAAUGGUUACCAUUGCUGGUGUCCCAAGUCCACAACCCUCAAGGGUAGGAUUUCAGAACAUUGCACCAAAACCUCUCCCUUCUCAGCAAGUUUCAUCAACAGUGGUACAACAGCCUAUUCAACAACCACAGCAGCCAACCCAACAAAGUGUAGUGAUUGUAAGCCAGCCAACUCAACAAGGUCAAACUUAUGCACCAGCCAUUCACCAAAUUGUUCUUGCUAAUCCAGCAGCUCUUCCAGCUGGUCAGACAGUUCAGCUAACUGGACAACCAAGCAUAACUCCAUCUUCUUCACCAUCACCUGUCCCAACUACCAAUAACCAAGUUCCUACUGCCAUGCCAUCUUCUUCCACCCCUCAAUCACAGGGACCACCUCCUACUGUCAGUCAAAUGCUAUCUGUGAAAAGGCAGCAACAGCAGCAGCAUUCACCAGCACCCCCACCACAACAGGUACAGGUACAAGUUCAGCAGCCACAACAAGUACAGAUGCAAGUUCAGCCUCAGCAAACAAAUGCAGGAGUUGGUCAGCCUGCUUCUGGUGAGUCAAGUCUGAUAAAACAGCUGCUACUUCCAAAGCGUGGUCCUUCAACUCCAGGUGGUAAACUUAUCCUCCCAGCUCCACAGAUUCCUCCCCCUAAUAAUGCAAGAGCUCCUAGCCCUCAGGUGGUCUAUCAGGUGGCUAAUAACCAAGCAGCUGGUUUUGGAGUCCAGGGGCAAACUCCAGCUCAGCAGCUGUUGGUUGGGCAGCAAAAUGUUCAGUUGGUCCAAAGUGCAAUGCCACCCACAGGGGGAGUGCAAACUGUGCCCAUCUCAAACUUACAAAUAUUGCCAGGACCACUGAUCUCAAAUAGCCCAGCAACCAUUUUCCAAGGAACUUCUGGCAACCAGGUAACCAUAACAGUUGUGCCAAAUACAAGUUUUGCAACUGCAACUGUGAGUCAGGGAAAUGCAACUCAGCUCAUUGCUCCAGCGGGAAUUACGAUGAGCGGAACACAGGCAGGAGUUGGACUUCAGGUACAAACACUUCCAGCCACUCAAGCAUCUCCAGCUGGACAAUCAUCAUGUACUACUGCUACUCCCCCAUUCAAAGGUGAUAAAAUAAUUUGCCAAAAGGAGGAGGAAGCAAAAGAAGCAACAGGUUUACAUGUUCAUGAACGUAAAAUUGAAGUCAUGGAAAACCCAUCCUGCCGACGAGGAACCACAAACACCAGCAAUGGGGAUUCAAAAGAAAAUGAAAUGCAGGUGGGAAGUCUUUUAAAUGGGAGAAAGUACAGUGACUCAAGUCUACCUCCUUCAAACUCAGGGAAAAUUCAAAGUGAGGUCAAUCAGUGCUCACUAAUCAGUAAUGGACCAUCAUUAGAAUUAGGUGAGAAUGGAGCAUCUGGAAAACAGAACUCAGAACAAAUGGACAUACAGGAUAUCAAAUGUGAUUUGAAAAAAACCCUAGUAAAUGGAAUCUGUGAUUUUGAUAAAGGAGAUGGUUCUCAUUUAAGCAAAAACAUUCCAAAUCACAAAACUUCCAAUCAUGUAGGAAAUGGUGAGAUAUCUCCAGUGGAACCACAAGGAACUUUAGAUGCCACUCAGCAAGAUACUGCCAAAGGUGAUCAGCUAGAAAGAAUUUCUAAUGGACCUGUAUUAACUUUGGGUGGUUCACCAUCUAUGAGCAGUAUACAGGAGGCUUCAAAUGCGGCAAUACAGCAAUUUAGUGGUACUGAUUUGCCUAAUGGACCUCUAACUUCAAGUUUGAAUUCAGAUGUGCCUCAGCAACGCCCAAGUGUAGUUGUCUCACCACAUUCUACAACCUCUGUCAUACAGGGGCAUCAAAUCAUAGCAGUUCCCCACUCAGGAUCAAGAGUGUCCCAUUCUCCUGUCCUAUCAUCAGAUGUUCGGUCUACAAAUGGCACAGCAGAAUGCAAAACUGUAAAGAGGCCAGCGGAGGAUAAUGAUAGGGAAACAGUUGCAGGAAUUCCAAAUAAAGUAGGAGUUAGAAUUGUUACAAUCAGUGACCCCAACAAUGCUGGCUGCAGUGCAACAAUGGUUGCUGUUCCAGCAGGAGCAGAUCCAAGCACUGUAGCUAAAGUAGCAAUAGAAAGUGCUGUUCAGCAAAAGCAGCAGCAGCCACCAACAUAUAUACAGAAUGUGGUCCCACAGAACACUCCUAUGCCACCUUCACCAGCUGUACAAGUGCAGGGCCAGCCUAACAGUUCUCAGCCUUCUCCAUUCAGUGCAUCCAGUCAACA